AUGGUUGGUACGAAUAACGAUAUUACUGUUUUGGAUAGAUCUCCAUUAUUUGAUGAUCUUAUUAAAGAUAUUGCACCACCUUGCAAUUUUGUAUUACAAGGCCAUCGCUAUAAUAUGGGAUAUUAUCUUUCUAAUGGAAUUUAUCCACAAUAUGCAACUCUAAUUCAAACUAUUUCUGAACCAUCUUCUAUCAAGGAAAAAUUAUUUGCCAGAUACCAGGAAGCUGUUAGAAAGGAUGUGGAACGAGCAUUUGGAGUAUUGCAAAGUAGAUGGAAAAUUGUCAAAGGUCCAGCACGUAUCUGGAAUGCAAGGGACCUUGGAAAGAUAAUGAAGACAUGCAUUAUCUUGCACAACAUGAUCAUUGAGAGUGAGCAUGGUCAAGGCAUCAAUCCUGAAAGUUGGCAACCUCAUGGAGAUGAAAGGGUUGAAGAUAUUCAUCUAGAGCAUGAUUAUACUUUUCUUGUUUCAACGAUGAUUAAUCGAAUGAAGCAAGUUCAAGACAAAAGAGUGCACAAAAAUUUAAAGAUCGACCUUAUCAUCACUUGUGGGAUUUAUAUAGGGCUCAAGAAGCUAUUUGAUAUUUAG